GAAAUGGCUACAUCGAAGGCAAAGAGCUGGAAAACUUCUUCCAGGAGCUGGAAAGCGCAAGGAAGGGGGCGGGUGUGGACUCAAAGAAGGACAGCUUGGGCGACAAGAUGAAGGAGUUCAUGCACAAGUACGACAAAAACGCGGACGGGAAGAUCGAGAUGGCGGAGCUGGCCCAGAUCCUGCCCACGGAGGAGAAUUUCCUGCUGUGUUUCCGCCAGCACGUGGGCUCCAGCUCGGAAUUCAUGGAG